AUGACUUCCUCGGCGCAAAAGCCGCGAUUCCGCAAGAUCCAGAGCUUUCGCACCGACUAUGCCCCAACCGACAUCACGCAGUAUGAGUCGGAGAGGAGCGGCAUGCGCGUUGUUGUCGCCGAUCGCAAAGGCCCCAAGAUCAAUGGCUACUUCACCCUGGCCACCGAGAUCUUCGAUGACUCGGGCGCCCCCCACACGCUGGAGCACCUAGUCUUCAUGGGCUCCAAGAACUACAAGUACAAGGGCCUGCUAGACAAGCUAGCCGGCCGAGCCUACUCCAACACCAACGCCUGGACCGCCGUCGACCACACCGCAUACACCCUCGAGACGGCGGGUUGGGACGGUUUCGCCCAGAUCUUGCCCAUCUAUCUCGAGCAUGUCAUUCUGCCCAACAUCACCGACGACGCCUGUGUGACCGAAGUCCACCACGUCGAUGGCGAGGGCAAUGACGCUGGCGUCGUCUACUCGGAGAUGCAGGCUCUUCAGUAUAGCAGCACCGAGCUAAUGGACCUGCGGGCCCGCCGCCUGCUGUAUCCUGAAAACAUCGGCUUCAGAUACGAGACGGGGGGCAUGAUGGAGGCUCUCCGAGUCCUCACUCCAGAGCGGAUCCAUGCAUUCCACAAGGCCAUGUACCACCCCCGGAACUUGGCUAUCGUCAUCGUGGGCGAGGCCGAUCACGAGAGCCUCUUGUCCAUCCUGGAUGGGUUUGAAGAGAGCAUCAAGGACGACGUCCCCCUCUUUAAUGCCGACUUCAAGCGCCCCUUUGUCGACUCUCCUCAGCCGCCUCCCCUGGAGAAGACGACCGUCGAGACCGUCGAGUUUCCAGAGGAGGACGAGUCCACGGGCGAGGUUGUUGUCGGUUUCUUUGGCCCGAGCUGCAACGACCAGGUACAGGCGACUGCCCUGAACAUCAUCAUGACAUAUCUUUGCGGUUCAUCCGUGUCGGUCAUUGAAAACACGAUAGUCGAAAAGGAGGAGCUGGCGAGCUCGGUUUCCUGGUGGUGGGAUAGCAGGCCAAAUUCCGUCAUAUGGUUCCAGCCGACCGGCGUGGCGACGGAAAAGCUCGAAUUCGUGGAGCAGCGCCUGAUCUCGCUGCUAAAGGAGGUUGCCUCCAAGCCGCUCGACAUGCAGUACAUGAAGGAAUGCAUCCAGCGUGAGCGGCGCCAAAUCAAAUUUCAGGCUGAAGGAUCGGAGCAGUUUUACUCGAGCAACAUCAUCACGGAUUACCUGUUUGGAAAGCGCGACGGCUCUACCCUGGCAGAGCUGCAAACGCUCGACGAGUACGACGUCCUCGAGAGCUGGAACGACGAGCAAUGGCGUGAUUAUCUCAGAAAUUGGAUCUCGGAUGCCCACCACGUAUCGAUCCUGGGUAAACCAUCAAUGAAGCUAGCCACGGGCCUCAAGGAAGCCGAAGAGGCCCGGCUUGCAAAGAGGAGAGAGGAGCUCGGAAAGGCGGGCCUCGAACUGCUCAAGGAGAAGGUCGAAAACGCCAAGAAGCACAACGAGAAGCCGAUACCUCCCGAGGUGUUGGACCAGUGGCCCGUCCCCAAGACAACUUCUAUCCACUUCAUUGAGUCUGCAACGGCAAGGUCAGGCAAGGCGCGCAGCCUCGGAACGCCUCAGAACGCGGCGCAGAAAGUCAUUGAUGCUGCUGCCCCUGCAGAUUUCCCCCUCUUCAUCCAGUUCGAGAACGUUCCCACAAACUUCGUGCACCUUACGGUCCACAUUGGCACAUCAGAGACUCCCGUCAAGUAUAAGCCUCUUCUCCCCCUCUUUGCAGACAACUUCUUCAACAGCCCCGUAAUGGCCGACGGCGAGAGAAUUGGGUUUGAAGACGUGGUGAAGCGGCUGGAGAAGGACACAAUCAGCUACCAGAUUAGCGGGGCCGGGCGUGUAGGCGAUAACGAGGGUAUGACGCUUCAGUUCCAGCUCGAGCCUGAGAAGUACACGACUAUAAUUCAGUGGCUGCGCACCCUGAUGUUUGACUUGGUCUUUGAUCCCGUCCGGUUGAAGGCGGCCGUGGUCAAGGCGCUAGCCGACAUCCCAGAGGCAAAGCGGGAUGGGCGGGCCAUGGCCCUCGAGGUUGACAUGGCAGUCCACAUGCUGCGCGAGUCGUACCCGGUUGCUAAGCGCACGCUCGUCAAGGCUGUGUACCUUCGCCGCCUGAAGAAGCUUCUCGAGAAGGAGCCCGAGACGGUGGUUGGGUGGUUUGAGGAGCUUCGCAAGAGCCUCUUUACCUUCCAGAACAUCCGCGUCCUCGUCACGGCUGACGUGGCCAAGCUUCCCGAGCCCGUUAGCGCCUGGAAGACAUUGAACAAGGGGCCAGGGCUGGACACGUCAAAGGACAUUCUGCCCAUCACCCGGCCCGUUGCGAUGCUCAACGACGAGGGAAAGACCCCUGGCUCCUUUGGCAGCGUCGUGAUUCCCAUGACGACUCUCGACAGCUCUUACAGCGUAAGCACGGCAGUUGGGCUCAAGUCGUAUGCGGACCCGCGUCUGCCGGCCUUCCUCGUGGCGCUCGGCUACCUAGAGGCGGUCGAGGGCCCGCUGUGGAACGCGGUGCGCGGCAACGGCCUGGCGUACGGUGUCUUCUUCACGCGCGAGGUUGACGCCGGCUACCUCCAGUUCCGCGUCUACCGCUCGCCCGACGCCAGCAAGGCCAUCGAGGCCAGCCGCAACACCGUCGCCAAGAUCGCCGCCGGCCAGGAGCCUCUCGACCGCCACCUCGUCGAGGGUGCCGUCAGCGGCAUCGUGCUCGCCGCCGCCGACGAGCAAGCCACCAUGGCCGCCGCCGCCCAGCAAAACUUCAUCGUUGGCGUCGUCCGCGGCCUCGAGCCCGAGUGGAACCGCAAGAUGCUCGCCCGCGUCAGAGACGUGACGCCCGACGAGAUCCGUGCCGUUAUGCGCGACCUCAUCUUGCCCGUCUUUGAGGCCGGCAAGAGCAACGUGGUUGUCACUUGCGCGCCUAUCAUGGAGGAGAAUAUCGCCAAGGCACUGUCGACGAUGGGCUACAAGACCCAAGUCCAGCCGCUGUCGUAUUUCUACGACGACUACGGGCUGCAGGCGGGCGAGGACGAGGGCGAAGAUGAGGAUGAGGACGAGGACGACGAGGAUGACGGGAGUGGAGGAUCAGACGAGGACGAUUCUAACGAAGAGAUGGAUAGUUGA